AUGGCGGCUGUCAAGAUUGAUGGCACUACAAUUGCCAAAAACAUCAGGGAGCGCCUGAAUGUCGAGAUUCAGAAGUCACAGGAAACCAAUCCUAGGUUCAAGCCUUGCUUGGUCAUUUUCCAAAUUGGCGACAGAUCAGAUUCCAGCACUUAUGUGCGCAUGAAGCUGAAGGCUGCUAAGGAGGCAAAUAUACACUGCAAACUUAACAAAUUCGCUGAAGAUAUCAGCGAACCCGAACUGCUUCAAGAAAUCUCACUCGCAAACAACGACCCGAGCGUGCAUGGCAUUAUCGUCCAAUUACCUCUCCCAAGCCACCUUUCCGAACAUUCUAUUACAUCUGCUGUCGCUGCGGAGAAAGAUGUUGACGGCUUUGGAGCUGUCAAUAUUGGAGAGCUGGCCAAGCGAGGAGGCAAGCCUCUGUUUGUUCCAUGCACCCCCCAGGGAGUAAUGGAACUCCUUCGUACCACUGGAGUUGAGCUGGCCGGCAAAAAUGCCGUGGUUUUGGGCAGAAGUGACGUUGUUGGAAGCCCUGUCAGCUACUUGUUGAAGAGUGCGGAUGCCACUGUCACUGUCUGCCACUCGAAAACCAAAAACUUGGAAGCCAUUGUCAAGGAUGCAGAUAUCUUGGUUGCUGCCAUUGGGAAACCCGAGUUUGUCAAGGGUUCGUGGCUUCGACCGGGCGUGGUGGUCAUCGAUGUUGGCACCAACUACAUUCCUGACGCAACGAAGAAAUCAGGCCAACGGCACAUCACACCUCUACCUAUCAAGCUUCAAAGCCCAGUCCCCUCAGACAUCGCCAUCUCUCGAGCCCAGCGGCCCAAGCCUAUUACCCAGAUUGCCGCAGAGGUCGGCAUUGAACCGCACGAGUUAGAGCCAUACGGACAUACCAAGGCCAAGGUUAGCCUUGACCUUUUAGAUCGUCUAUCUCACCGCCGUAACGGACGCUAUAUUUUGGUAUCCGGAAUCACCCCAACCCCUCUAGGGGAAGGCAAAUCGACCACGACUAUGGGUCUCACACAGGCUCUUGGCGCCCAUCUCAACAGGGUAGUCUUCGCCAACGUCCGACAGCCCAGUCAAGGCCCUACCUUCGGAAUCAAGGGCGGUGCAGCUGGAGGAGGAUACAGCCAGGUCAUCCCUAUGGACGAAUUCAACCUUCACUUGACCGGUGACAUUCAUGCUAUUACGGCUGCAAACAACUUGCUAGCAGCUGCUAUCGAAACGAGAAUGUUCCACGAAUCCACGCAAAGCGACGCUGCGCUAUAUAAACGGCUAGUGCCAGUCAAGAAGGGGAAACGCGAAUUCCAAAGCAUCUUCUUCCGACGAUUGAAGAAAUUAGGGAUUACAAAAACGGACCCAAACGACCUAACACCAGAGGAAAUCAACCGCUUCGCAAGAUUGGAUAUUGACCCGGAGACCAUUACCUGGCGGAGAGUCCUGGACGUGAACGACAGGCACCUGCGUACCAUAACGGUUGGCCAGGCUGCAACCGAGAAAGGCCACACUAGACAGACCGGCUUUGAUAUCUCCGUUGCAAGCGAGUGUAUGGCCAUCCUCGCCCUUAGCAAUGACCUUGGCGACAUGCGAGAACGCCUUGGUAGAAUGGUGGUUGCAACGUCUAAGAACGGCGAUCCCGUCACUUGCGACGACAUUGGCUGCGGGGGCGCCCUCGCUGCGCUGAUGAGGGAUGCAAUUAAACCAAAUCUCAUGCAAAGUCUCGAGGGAACGCCAGUGUUUGUCCACGCUGGGCCCUUCGCCAACAUCAGCAUUGGCGCCAAUUCCGUCGUGGCGGAUAAACUCGCCCUGAAACUGGCAGGCACAGAGCCAGACGAGGACCAUGAAGCAAAGACCGGGUUCGUCGUCACCGAAGCCGGCUUCGAUUUCACCAUGGGCGGCGAGCGGUUCUUCAACAUCAAGUGCCGCUCGUCAGGCCUCGUUCCGGACACGGUGGUCAUCGUCGCCACCGUCCGAGCCAUCAAGGCUCACGGAGGCGGGCCCCCUAUCGCCCCCGGCGCCCCGCUGGCUGCAGAAUACACGACCGAAAACGUAGAACUGUUACGAAACGGCUGCGUCAAUCUGAAGAAACAGAUCGAAAACGCAAAGCGCUACGGCAUCCCCGUCGUGGUCGCCAUCAACAAAUUCGAAACCGACACGGACGCCGAGGUCGCGGUGAUUCGCGAAGAGGCAAUCGCCGCAGGCGCGGAGGAUGCUAUUCCCGCCAACCACUGGGCGGAGGGUGGUGCCGGAGCCGUCGACCUAGCCAAGGGCGUCAUCAUCGCCAGCUCGAAGCCCAAGGAUUUCAAGCUGCUGUAUGAUCUCGAGGGCACGGUACAGGAGCGCAUCGAGCGCAUCGGGAAGGAGAUGUACGGCGCCGCGAAGGUGGAGUUCAGUGAGCUUGCGCAGAAGAAGGUCGACUCGUAUACCAAGCAGGGCUUUGGAAACCUCCCGAUCUGCAUUGCGAAGACGCAGUAUUCGCUCAGUCACGAUCCGAACCUCAAGGGUGCGCCGACCGGCUUCACCGUUCCAAUCAGGGAUGUCAGGCUUGCCGUUGGUGCGGGAUAUUUGUACGCACUCGCCGCUGAUAUCCAAACCAUCCCCGGCCUCCCCACUGCACCCGGAUAUCUCAAUGUCGAUGUUGAUGCCGAGACUGGCGAAAUUGAUGGUCUUUUCUGA